UAAAAAUUUAAAAUUGUAAAUUUAAUAAUAGAAAUUACAUAGUUGAAAUAAAUGUACUCACUAUUUGGGCGUGGAUUAGCCCAUAAAAUAUACAAACAUGCAUGUCUUGCGCAACGUUUGUGGACCGAUAAGGCGGCUGCUGCUAAGCCGCCAGCCGCACCGGAUAAACUUCAUAGUCAAAUUGUGGACGUGCGUUGUGAAGGUAUGGUAGUUAAAAUAUUACCCGCACGCGACAAUAACUACAUGUAUCUGAUAACCGAUUUGCCCACGGGUUGUACAGCUGCCAUAGAUUUAUCCGAUAACAAACUUCUCUUUGAAACACUCAAGAAAGAAAAUUUAACUCUCUCCUAUGCUUUUAUCACACAUCAUCAUGAAGAUCACGCAGGCGGCACAGAAGAAUUGGCUGCUCAAUAUCCCGAUGUUAAAAUAUGUGCUGGUGAUGAGCGUAUAAAAUGUGUAACUCAUUGUGUAAAGAAUGAUGAGAAACUGAAAUUAGGCGAGAUGACUUUCAAUUGCAUGCAUACGCCGUGUCAUACAGUAGGCCAUUACUGUUUCUUUGUUGAAUGUGGUGCAGGUGGGCCGCCAGCACUCUUCACCGGCGACACACUCUUCCAAGGUGGCUGCGGUGGCUUUGGCGAGGGUACGCCCGAACAAAUGGUUGCCAUUGUCGAUCGCUUUAUGUCACUGCCGAAGAUGACGCGUGUCUUUGGCGGUCAUGAGAAUACAAUUGCAAAUUUACGCUUCGCCCAAUGUGUAGAACCGGAAAAUUCGAAUGUUAGCGCACGUCUGAUGUGGGCACAGAAACAACGAGAGAAUAAACUGCCAACACCACCGUCGUUAUUGUGCGAGGAAAUGUGUUUUAAUCCAUUCUUACGAAUUGAUCAUCCGGAUGUGCAAAAUUACGCCGGCGACACAGAUCCGAUUUAUGUUAUGUUUUGUUUGCGCAAACAACGGGAUGCCUUCAAGUAGAGGGUGUGCCGAGCGAAAAUUAUAUAAAAAUAACUUGUUGUGAGUUCUUUAAUAAAACUUCUAAUCUUAUCGAUGUUUGUACAUAUAUAAGAAAUUUGAA